ACGCUUUCCUUAAGAUCACUUGUUUUGGCAAUACAUGUGUUUGUGAAAUAUAUUUUAUUCAUCAGAAUCAGAAUCUUUAUUCCUGUGUUCAAAGAAUUUCUCUUGUGCAGGUGUCAACAUAAAACUAAAUUCGAUGAAAAAUAAACAUAGAAAAAUAUAUACUAUACAUGAAAUAGACAGUACACAAACAAUCUGUGAGUAAAUAAAGGAUGUGCUAUAAGAGUUAAGCACCUCUGCUGUCAAGUUCUCAAGUGCCUCUGAUUUCUCAAAUAUGUACAGUAUACAGUAUGUACAGUAUGUUGGGGAGACACAUUUUAAUUAUGUCAAUUCAAAGCACCAUUUUUUCUUGUAAUUGCAGAGUUUCAUACCACUUUAGUUCCAACUCAACUUAAAAGGCAUUCAAAUCCUGGACAUUUAACCUACAGGAUCAGAGCUGGGUGUUUGGCCUACUUAUUUGGGUCUUCUGGCCAGACAUUAAAAAAAAGCAAUAACUAAAAAACCCAAAGAAAAGGUUUUGUUGAAAGCAAAAUUAAAACUAAAUACCAAUUUUCUUUAUUAUACUGUCGCGUGGACGAUUUAUUCCAACACCAUUUGCCUUAGUUUAGCUUUAACAAAACUAAUGCAGUAGAGAUCUAAAGGGAUAGUCAGACAGAAAGGCAAACACUGUCAGACAGCCUAUUUACAGCGUCAUUAGCGGGUUAUAAAACCUGACCGGACUAUGGAGCAGCUUCUGUUAAAUGUGAGCGCACUUCCUCAUACAGAGCAGUGAACAGAUACCGUAAACAAUAGCCUCCAAAAACCCCCACAGCACCUGACUCUCCACAGCUCAUAUCACCCUCAUUUACCUGCACGCGAAUUACGUCGAGUCGUUAGAAAACCCCAGCCAGCGAUUGGUUGUCACCACGAGGGGGCGGGACCACAAGAGAGAUAUGUCUAUGCAGGCGUCAGGAAGUGGAGAUGAAGUCGCCUCCCUGUCACCCAGGUUUAGUUUCAUCUGUAUUCUGAACGGUUAGCAAACACAAACAUUUCAGAAAAAGGAUUACACACAGUUACCAGAAUGACUUUGACUGAGCAUAUUGCACAGCCCAGUCCCCAGGUGCUCUUAGUGGGUGAGAAUGACAGCAAGCGGCUCCUGGAGACCUAUGUGAAGAGAAGCCUGAGCCUUAAUGAUGGGGCACAGUCUCCACAUCGCCGAGAGCGUCGGACACACAAGUGGGUCACUCUUGCUGAGAGAGAUAAGAGGGAUCGUAAACAUUCUAGCGACACCUCCAUUCACCUUGAUGCCUCAGAUUUGGUGGAGGACCUUCGUAAAGAUGAAGCAUUCUCUGAGCCAGAAACCCAGAGCAAGCUCCAGGCAACAGGAGAUAACCCUGAGAUCAAAUCUAAACUGUGGAAGAAAAGAGGCACUCUCAGUAGGAAUGAUGGAUCCAGCGCAUCUCGCAAAUCUGAUGGGAAGCCCAAGAAGUGGUUUUUACACUUUGAUAAAGACAAACGAGAUGGUAAACAACCAAACAAAGCCUGUAAACAAGAGAUCAAGGAUGAAGCUUUACCACAGACCCCUCUAGCUGACCACCUGGAAAGCUCAACAGAGGAAAAGAAACCCAAAGAGAUCAAGAAGAGUAAGAAAUAUUCAGUAUGGAAGAGUGUCCUGGGGUGGUUCUCCAGGGGAAAUAGUGAGAAGCAGGAGGAACAAGAUGGAGAGGACACGAGACCUGAAGGAGCCCUUGCUCCUCCAGAGGCUUCAAGUCCCUCGACCUCCUGCCUGCCUUUACCUGAUGUUCUCAGCAAUGGUGAUGCCAUCAGCUUGCGUCGUAGAUCAUUUAGAAGAAGGCGGUCCCAGAGGAGGUCAUCACUGAAGAGAUGCAGCAGGGACAUGGGACAAGAUAAAGCCACUGGGAGACCAUUAACUCUAGACCUGUCUUCUGAUACCAUGGUGAAAUCAAUUGAGGAGGUCGAGCCUACUAGUGCUUAUUAUGAGAAAAUGUCAGAGGAGCUGCAGAAGAUCGUGCAUGAGGUGAAAAACAGUCCAGCAGAGGACAACAGAACUAUCCUUGAUGCAGUUCAACCUACAGACAUAAAUGGCUUACCCAUUACUCAAGAGGAAGUUAUUGAGAGGAUCAUUACGUUGAUAAAGCAAAACGGGGAUGUCAUAGAUUCCAAGCUGAAGGAGAAUCCCGCCAUUAGCUCCUACUUCACGAAGCUCUCCUAUGGCUCCUUCCAGCAAUUGGCAGACCAGUAUGUACUAAGUACUGAGCUCCCCAAGCAACCUCCCAUGGCAGCUCCAGAGCUGGUGAAGUUUGCCUUUACGCUGGACUUCACGGCCCGAGUGGCUGGUCUCUCUCGCCAUGCUCCUGGGCACAUCCUUGGUUUUGGGAAUCAGUACCUAAAGGAUCGGUUCACUCAUACAAGCGAGAGCCAUCCUCACAUCAGUGACAUAAUAUCAGAGAAAUAAAAGAAGAGCUCUGACAAAGGAGAGUGAAGGCAUAAUAUGAAGAAGAACUGACGUGAGGUUGCAUUUCAGAGGGUUGGAUGACCUCCAGGGGGUGGUGGCAAAUCGUCAUGACAUCUUCUGAGCUUUAACCUCUUAG